AUGAUGGAUGAUUGCGGAUGGGAGAUUAGGGAUUGGAAAUCAUCUGAUGUGGUGAUUUUGGAAUUUGGAAGAGCUGAUGGAGUGUUCUUUGCGGAAUUGAACGAAGUGCUGACUCGAGAACUGGCCGAGGGUGGCUACUCUGGUGUGGAGGUUCGAGUAACCCCUAUGCGUACUGAGAUCAUUAUUCGUGCCACUCGAGAGAAGGGUAGGAGGAUUAGAGAACUGACUUCAGUUGUUCAGAAGCAUUUUAAAUUUUCAGAGAACAGCAUGGAACUUUAUGCCGAGAAAGUUAACAACAGAGGUCUUUGUGCCAUUGCUCCGACAGAGUCAUUACGAUACAAGCUACUUGGAGGUCUUGCUGUUCGGAGGGCUUGCUAUGGUGUCCUAAGGUUUGUCAUUGAGAAUGGGGCAAAGGGAUGUGAGGUAAUUGUAAGUGGAAAGCUCUGCGCACAGCGUGCCAAGUCCAUGAAGUUCAAGGAUGGGUACAUGAUAUCCUCGGGUCAGCCUGUAAAGGAAUAUAUUGAUUCAGCCGUGCGCCAUGUUCUACUUAGACAUGGUGUGCUUGGUAUUAAAGUCAAAAUUAUGCUCGAGUGGGAUCCCAAGGGCAAGCAAGGACCAACUACACCUUUACCUGAUGUGGUUACGGACCAACUACACCUUUACCUGAUGUGGUUACUAUUCACCCUCCCAAGGAAGAAGACUACGUGCCUCAGACUGAGUACGUGCACGUGCCUCAGGCUGUAG